AUGCUUCCUGAGGACAACGACAAUGACAACGCUGGAGAAUUGACCCUCUGUGGAACAAAUCCUGCGCAUUAUAAGGGUCCACUCGUAUGGGCGCCUGUGGUUGUUGAGAAGUACUGGCAAAUCGAAAUGGGCCCUGUGUAUGUCGGACGAAUGCCAAUGACCAAUGGAACAGCACAAGCCAUCGUUGACACCGGCACCUCCAUUAUUGCUGGACCAACUGAUGUUAUAAACCAG